AUGCGUGAUAUUGGCUUAAGACCUCUAUUGUUGCUUUUGGUCCUGCUAUUCUACCUUGUCUGCCUCACCGCGAUGGCAGAGAUGACAGAGCAGGACUUUAAACGGAUGAAGAUCAAAGACCUCCGACAUUUUCUAGAAGAACGUGAUCUCAGUUGCCCUGGAUGUCAAGAAAAGGCUGACUUUGUGCGUGUUGCGUUUCAAAAUCGCGAUAAGAAACCCGUCAGUGAGCAGGGUAAGCGCGAGAUCCCCAACGCAUCCUUUUGGGAAGUAUGGAAAGAUAAUGCCAAGGCUCUCUGUACGGAGGUAGUCCAAAAACGAGGGCUUGAUGUCUCAGGGAAGCCGCAGGCUGAUAUCUGUGAUGCAAUUGCUUACGUUGUGGAAAACUUUUUCAUGCAACACGGAAAACGCACUGCGAACAAACUACGAAAGAAGGCCGAUGACCUGCUGAAAACUUCAUACAAAAAUGUUUACUAUGAUGCUGGUCGGGUUCUUCUGGAACGGUUGGCAAACUACUGUUUGGCAUCUCCGGCCAAUCAGGAGAAAUGCAGCUCAGUUGGUAGUCUUUCAUCUCUUAUUGAGGGUUCCAGCGUUAUAGAUCUCGUGAAGUGGAUGACAAACGUUGGCAUUGAGAAUACCAACCCAAUGUAUGAUUUCCUGGAACUUCGGGACGACCUAUGA